CUAAAAUGGCGGACUCGAAGACAGUCGAUCAAGGUUUGGACGAGGAUACAGAUACUGCAGGAGAAACAGAAGAAAUAAUGGCACAGGAAGGCGUGAGUACAUCAACUGAAAAAUCUGAGGUUAGCCUAAAAGAUGAAAACAGUGGGAGUAAAUCACAGUCAGAUCUAGCUAUUACUGAAGCAACAGGUGAAAUAAAAGAAACGAAAGACUCGGCCACCGAAAAUAGUCCUCAAGAAUCACAUCCAUCUAAAGAGGAACCCAGUACACCUCAGACAGUCAAGACGGAGGGUACGGAAACACCCAAACGCUCGAUGAGGACUGCAUCUGAUUCAAGUUCCACCCCACAGACUCCUGUCUCCACUCCUGGAACACCUAGCUCCACACCCACAACACCAAAAUUAAAACUUCCCUUCCGGUGGGGAAUAAAUUGGAAAAAGGGUGAGAAACUAGAAGCCAUGGAUUAUAUGGAAAAAUGGUAUUUAGCAAAAAUCUCAGAUAUCGACUAUAAUGGGAAGAUGAUAUUGAUUCACUUUGAAGGUUGGAAUGUUCGCUAUGAUGAAUGGCUACCAGCAGACACAGAUCGUAUUCGACCCUUGACACGACAUUCUGACAGACAGAAGAAAAAACAUGAUCUUGAUUUUAAAAUAGGAGGAAAAGUCUUAGCAAAAUGGACGGAUUGUAAAAUGUACCCAGCUAAAAUUGAUAGCAUAAACAAAGAUGGUUCAUAUAAUGUGAGAUUUUACGACGGAUUUAGGAAAACAUUAUUGUACUCGAGCAUCCGAGCGAUUCAAGAUCCCAAAGAAGAAAAGAAAGAAGAAAAGAAAGUUGAGACACCAGAACAGAAAGAAAGUAAAACUAUUAAAACUUCUGUUGUUGAAACUCCUAAAAGUCACAAACCUUCCCCACCUCUAAAAGGUGAAAGUAAAAGAAGAGACAGUUUGAGUAAAAGAAGAGACAGUUUGAGUAAAAGAAGAGACAGUUUGAGUAAAAGUAAGGGUAAAUUGAUCGUAGCUGGAUCAUUCCUGGUAAAACGUGAUCGAUCAAACAGUACAGGAUCGGUAAAAAGAGAAAGGUCUGACAGUACAGGAUCUAAAACAGAGAAAACGCCCAAAUCGGAGAAAGUUGCCAAAGCGAAAGAAAAAGGCCUGGGAUUAAAGAUUAAGACAGAGAGAAAAUCAUUAGAUUCAAGUGAAUCAAGACCUGCUACACCGUCGCCUAAAGUUAAAAUAUCACCCAAAACACUAGUAUCACCUCAUGCAGUUGUAGGUGUGAAACGAACACAGAAGAAAGCCUUUUCAACAUCUGGAACUGUAUCACCUGUUGGAUCUGGGGUUUCAGCUGCUAAAAGAACAAAAUCAUUAGACAAAACUCCAUCGACAGCUCCUAAAGAAUUUAAAAUAGAAGCUGAUCAUAACAUGUUCAAGUGUGUGGCUGAGAAUUGUGGUAAAAGUUUCCGUAAAGAAAGUCUAUUGGAUUCUCAUAUCAAAUAUUACCAUAGUGACGGUGAACCCAAAACUCCCACAAUGCCAGCACCUCGAAAGCGAAGAAAGACUUCAAGUAUUUGUUCCUCGGAUUCCGAUCAUUCUGUAUCGGCAAGAUCUAAAGGUGGUCAGGGUAGUCUCACACCUCUAGACUCAGGCUCUAAACGUAGACGCAAUAUUUCUAGUGAUAUACAUAUUGCCAUGGAAACAACACUGCCCCCUACACCAGAAGUUGUUGAUCCUGUUAUUAAAGAAGAGGUAAUUCCUGCUGACCUAGAAGCUGAAAUAGAACCUGCUCCAGUGUUGACUCCAUCAUCUAGUAAGAUAGACAGUGAACCAGUAGAAGAUACUGUUGAUAUAGAAGAGGAGGAUGGUGAAGAAGAUGAUGAUAUUGCACAUUGUAAAUGUGGUUUUGAUUAUGAGGAAGACCUUAUGAUACAGUGUGAUGUGUGUCUAACAUGGCAGCAUGCUGUAUGUUUUAAUAUCACAGAAACAACUUUACCUAAAAAACACAUCUGUCAUGUCUGUCAAAACCCACCAGGGAUUCGAGAUAGUCGUCGUUAUAUCCAUGAACAAGAAUGGUUUAAACAGGGUCAACUGCCAGUAUUUAACUUUCUACCGGGUCGAGUAUCGUCAAUACGUAGUGAAGAGAUGCAAGAUACACAAGAUAUAGCAGCGGAAAUACAUCAACUAUCAGCUACAUUACACGCUCUUAAAACACAACUUAAAAUUAUUAGACAAAGGAAUCAUCCAGCUGUUUCAUUGUGGAAAACCAACUGGGAUUCACCAGAAGAUCGUGUCGCAGCAAGUAGUUCCCAUGUGGAUGAAUUCAUUUCCGUUGAUGCAAACAGUCCUCGCAUUGAUACAGCUACCUCCUCAGUCUCUGAUCUGCCAGGUGAAAAACCUGUUAUUGAAACUACAGCAGACAGUUUGCCAAAAGACUUUACUAGUACAAAUUUUCUGACUAGAAGUUCAAUUGUUAAAGAAAUUAUGGACAAAACAUGUGAGGAUUCUAGUACAGAAUCAGUUGUGUCUGCUCAGUCUCCUGUACUAGAAGAUGAAGAACAAAAUACUAAUAGUUCAGAUGUAUCUGGUGCAGAUAACAAAGUCAGCAAAGGGAAGAAUAGCAGUGCUGAAGAAUUGAGACAGUGUGAGAGAAAUAUGUUGGUACAUAUUUUAAGUGUUCAAAAUGAAAUCAACCUCCGUCUUGAUGCCAUGGAUGAUAAACUCUCAGUGUUAGAAUCGAAGAAAGGUAUUGUGGGGAAUGAAGAUCUACCGCCAUCAGCACCUCGGUUAAAGAGAAGUCUUCAUAAUAUUACCAGAGAUUUAGAGAAAGUGAAAUUAAUGGCUGAAUAUCAGGGCACAAAACCACAUUGACAUUUAUAACAUAGGCUAGGGUAUAGCCAAUUACAUUUAACACUCAACAAAUUAUUUAUAUAAUCUUUAAGUGGUAUUUAGUGAUUGGGAAACACAUUAACAGAACACCGUUUUAUGGGAAACAAUCACUGGUUUAUUCUAAAAGCAUGACGUAUCAAUGUGCUUGAUAACGAUAAGAGGAUACUUGUUGAAACGUCAUGCUUUUAGAAUAAACCAGUGAUUGUUUCCCAUAAAAACAGAACACCGUUUUAUGGGAAACAAUCACUGGUUUAUUCUAAAAGCACGAUGUUUCGACAAGUAUCAAUGUGCUUGAUAACGAUAAGAGGAUACUUGUCGAAAUGUCGUGCUUUUAGAAUAAACCAGUGAUUGUUUCCCAUCAAAACUGUGUUCUGUUAAAUUAUUUAUAAAAGUAAAAAAUAUGUGCUGAAAUUAGAAGGAAUCUUGACUAUUUCAAGAAAGGAUUUUAUGUCCACUCCAAUCCCUUCACCAAUUCCUUGAUGGGUGGAGUUAUAGCUAUAAGCUAAUCGCAUUUCAUAUCUAAUAAAUUAUUUACACAAACAGAAAAUAUUUGCUGAAACUUGGAAGAAAUAUUUUUAUUUUCAAGAAAUAAAUAAAUGAUUUCUGUCAACUCAAACCCCAACAUAAUUUAAAUGAUAUUUUGUUAAAGAUUUUUGAUUUGUUGAAGGUACCCAAACUGUUCCCUGAGUGCACAAAGGAAAUUUAUAUGCACACAAAAUAUUCUAGUACUCAGAUACAUGACCCAUUUUGAUUUGAAAAUAAAGUUUUACUAGUCUUUAGGGAUAAGCUGUGUAAAAAUAUGUCACAGGAGUAAAUUUUGCUUACUGUAAAAUUUUGGCGCACACUGACUUCUAAAACUUAGAGCCAGAGUGUAGGUUGGGUACCGGUUUUUGUCAUGCUGCAUCUUUAACUAUAGUUUUCCUUUCUUGUGGGUAUCUACCAAGGAUAACAUCUGGUCUGGAGCAGGCAUAAAACAUUAUUGACACCCGGCAUAAGAUUGUUAUCCAAUCUCGAAUUUUCAACUGUCUCAUGCUGGUGCUUUAAAAAAGAUAAAAUUUUAAAAAAAAUUGCAGUUAGAUAUCCUCAUGUAUAAAAGAAUAACUUGGUAUUUUUGACUGAUUACAACAGUAUAUGCUUAAAUUUGAUAAAUAGUACAUUUAUAUGGUACAA